AUGUCUUCCGCGUCAUUCAACCCCUCCAAAGACAUCCCCAGUCUCACUGGCAAGGUCAUCUUCAUCACUGGCGGCACCGCCGGACUCGGGUCAGGCUCAAUAAGAGAACUCGCAAAGCACGAUCCCUCGCACAUCUACUUCAGCGGCCGCAACGAAAAGAACGCCAACAGCUUAAUCGAACGUGUCCGUAAGGACUCCCCAACUACCAACCUCACCUUCAUCCCCUGCGACAUCUCCUCCCUCGCCUCCGUCGCCCAAGCCUCCCAACGCCUGACCUCCCUUACCUCGCGCCUCGACAUCCUCAUGCUCAACGCCGGCAUCAUGGCCACAGCUGCCGCAACCUCCCAAGAAGGCUACGAAAUCCAAAUGGCAACGAACCACCUAGGCCACGCCCUACUCGUCAAACUCCUCCUCCCUACCCUCCUCUCGACCGCAUCCCUCGGCGCAGACGUCCGCGUCAUCAACAUGUCCUCAAUAGCCUACAAACAAGCCCCCUCCCCCGGUAUAUCCUUCCCCACCCUCAAAUCCGCCCAACCCAAACUCGGCGGCGCCGUCGUUCCAGGACAUCGCUGGGCGCGGUACGGCCAGAGUAAAUUAGCGCAACUGCUGUACUCGCAAGAAUUAGCGAAACAUCACCCUGAGAUCACAUCGGUUGCGGUCCAUCCUGGGUACAUUAUGACGGGGCUGUUUGAUGGAUUGCCGAUGAUGACGGCGUUGCCGGUGCUGCUGGUGAGUCUUGGGAGGAGAACGCCGGUGGAGCGGGGGCAUUAUAACCAGUGUUGGGCUGCGACGUGUGAGAAGGGGAAGUUGAGGAAUGGAGGGUAUUAUGAGCCGAUUGGGGUGUUGACGAAGCCGGCGACGAAGCAGGCGAAUGAUGAGAAGUUGGCGGGUGAGUUGUGGAGGUGGACGGAGGAGCAGUUAGAGGGGUAUUAG